CCACUCUCCUUCCCCUGCACCCUGGUGUAGUGUUGGUGGCAUCUCAGCUCCGAUCGUCUGCGACUCCCCCGCUCCACGCCGUCUCCCUGUCCGCUCCACGCCGUCUCCCUGUCCGGUAGAUCCCAUGGCCAUGGCUCCCUUCCUUCCUCCGCGUGCCUUGUUCAUUCUCCCCGCAGUGGUGCUAUAGAGGUGCCGAUUCUCUCGUUCCCGCCCGGAUAGCUUAAUUUCACUAUGUCUGGAAUGUCAUCUGAUGAUGCAAGUGCUGAAGUGAGGCUUGAAGGAGAAGUUUCUGGUGAAAAGGUACAAGAAACUCAAGAUCAGAAUGAAGGCAGUGGCAUGCCCUCGCCACAAGAGGAGGUACUGUCUUUUCCCGGUACCAUUUUUUUGGGGGUGAUCUUGGCCUCUUGGGUGUAUAUUAUUCAUGUUAUCUUCGUUCCAAGCUUGUAUGGGUACUCACAGGAGGCAGCAAUCAAGAAAAAAUAUGGAGGAAAAAUACCCAAAAAGUCACCACUUAUAUCGAAGGACCAUGAGCGGGCAUUCUUUGAUUCUGCUGAUUGGGCUUUAGGAAAGCAAGGUGGAAAUCCCAACAAGCCCAAAGGGCCCCUUGAAGCUCUUCGACCAAAACUCCAGCCUACUCAACAAAAUGCUCGUGCCCGCCGAUCUUCCUAUGCAUCUGCAGACAAUGAUGAGAGUUUGAGUUUGCCUGCCGAGGAGCUGAUCCAGAAUGAUGAUCCAACUGAAGACAAGAACAAGGAAUAAGUAUAAUAUGCAUCGUGCUUUUUAUAGGGAAAAAUCGCGGUUCUGCUGUCAUGAUGCCAAAACUGUGCCUUGUUAAAUAACUAGCACCGGUACUUAUAGUAUGCCUGAGGUUGAGCUCUGCAGUUUUAGCUGCGGUAUAUCUGGCUUCUUCCACAUUCAGCUAUGCUUGAACCAGCUAGGAAUGAACAUUUCAUGAUGGUGGUGUUGUAGUGCCGGAUGUGUAAGAAGAAAUAAUAACAAUGAAACUUCAUAUCUUAACAACA